UGGACGAUAUCCGCCCCUACAAGUGGUAAGUUGUCAACUUUUGGGCACCCACUCCCAUUGAAUUUUUCUUGCGUAAUUAUUUUAUGAAUAAGAUAUUAAUUACUAUCUUCAAGUGGGAUUGGGUGGACAGUCCGUCCAUAAACCCAUUAACUCUGGGCUCGCCAUAUGUAUCUAUAGAUAGAUAGAUCUAUACAUACACGCACGCUUGCUUUCUACAUUCACCAUAGCAGUUUUACGUCGGGUUGAUCGGAAUUGUUGGAUCUGAACGUCCACCCCCAUGUUCAAGGGGUUGGAACUCACCCACUCCAUUAAAUUAUAUACAUACUCAGGCAAUUAAAUACAUUAUUUUAAUUUCUUUUUCAAUAACUUCGAACCAAGAAAGGAAAGAACUAGAUGAUGUAACAAAUAUAUUAAUAUUGGGUUCCAUGGCUUCUUCCAUGCUUGUGUGCUGAGUAAACGCUGUAAGUCAUCAAAAGACAAACAAACAAAUACAUGAUAAAUGAUUUCUCUGCCAGGGGCCACCUCUUCUUCAACCAACACCCAACAUGCUUUAAUUACUUUCUCCUACUGACCGCCAUUGCAGCUCUGUUACAGACCUCAUCUCCUCAGAAAACACACCUUGUGGGCCAUGCUUUAAGUUGGGUUCUCCCCCCGACCGUAUUCAAUUUCACCAAUGGAGUUCACGACGUUUCGGAGGUGACCAAGGAGAAUUUCGACGCCUGCGACCCAAGCAAUCCGUUUUUUCUGAUCACGACUAGUCCGGCUACAAUCGGUCUGAACAAGACAGGGCAGCAUUACUUUAUCUGUACCUUCUCCUGCUCCAGAACCAGAAGCCAGCCAUGCCUCGCCGGCUCCGACGAGGUCUCCGAUGACUUUCACCGUAGGAGACAGUUUGGGAUGGAUGGUUCCUCCGAAUGCCUCUUUUUAUCAGGCACGGAGCAGUGGGAAGAGCUUCAUGGUUGGUGGACAUCUUUGUUUUCAACUACGUGAAGGGGAAGGCAAACGUGCCGGAGGUGAGAAAGCAAGCACAUGAGUCAUGCAACGCCACCUCUCCACCUCUCCACCCACAAGAAUCGCCCUCACCACGGCCCGGCGACCACUUCUACAUUUGUUCUUUUACCGGCCGCUGCAGUGCAGGCCAAAAGUUCGCCAUCAACGUCAACGGAAGCUCUGAUUCAGCGCCCAUGCCACCACCAUCCACCGCCACCCGUUCCCCUCCGAUAUCAAACGUCCCCGUCUCACCAUCUCCGGACGGCAGCAGCGCCCCCCUCUCCUACCCCCGGCAACGCCAACUCGGCACCAUCCAUGGCCGUAGCUGGCCUCUUCACCACAUUCUUGUCUCUUGCCGUAGCAUUAUUCAUGCGGUAGACAAUUAUAGUGAGAAGUAUUUUUAUCACCUUUUUAUAAUACCUUAAUUACAGGAUGGUUUUUUGGGUUAACUUCGACGCAGAAUCUCCUCCUCAAAAACUGAUUCCAACUUGGAUCGAGUUGCAUGUUGAAACAAUUUUAAUUAGGCCUACAGUGUCUUUUAUGACACUCCAUCUUGCAAAGCCUAAGCUUAAUGGCAUUAGUGAUUUCAUAACAAGUUAAGAAUGACAAUGUCUGGAGAAAUACUACUGUUGUUUAUUCUGGUUUGUUUAGAUAAAAAGUAAAAGGAUAAGACUCCCCCAAGUGUUUAUUCUGAGCAAUUUGAUGGUACAGAGAGAAUUAUCUACAACAAAAAGUUCCAGGACAAGAAAGUUGUAGCAUUAAAUGUUUGAUGUUUGUGCGAUGCACCAUCACAAAUGACAAUGGUGUGUCCCUAGUUGGAACCCACAAUGUGGGUGAAAAUGCAGCAUCAACACUACAC